AUGGCAAAGUCUACAAUCUUCCUUGUCUCCACCCUUUGCCUCUUAUCUUUCAUUGGUUCAGCUUAUUCCAACAAGGACCGGUUCUCCGUCGAGGGUGUUGUUUAUUGCGACACAUGCCGCAUCCAAUUCAUCACCAAAUUGACUGAGUUUUUGGAAGGUGCCGUCGUACGUGUGGAGUGCAAAGAAGACAACGGAACAGUGACAUUCACCAAAGAAGCAACAACAGACUCAACUGGAUCAUACAAAAUAGAGGUAGAUGGAGACCAUGAAGACGAGGAAUGUCAAGUUAUGCUAGUGAAAAGCCCUAGACCAGAUUGUGCAGAGGUUGACUCAGAAUCUCACUUGGAACAAGCUGCUAAGGUUAGCAUCACAAACAACAAUGGAAUUAUCUCUCCUAUUCGUACCACUAGCCCUCUUGGUUUCCUCAAGAAAGAACGUCUUCCUGGUUGUACUCAAGUCCUCAAGGAACUUGGAAUUAAAGAAGAUGGUACUCAAGAUGAUGAUGAUUGA